AUUCAAGCACCUUUGCAAUGAACAAGCUAAUUCCGAUAGCAGGUCUCUUUCUUUCCUUAAGUAUUUUGGCGUCAUCCUCCAGACUUGUGUGCUACUUUACUAACUGGGCCCAGUAUAGGCCAGGCAAUGGGAAGGCUCUACCAUCAAAUAUUGACCCAAACCUCUGCACCCAUCUGAUCUACGCCUUCUCCGGUAUUAAUGAGCAAAAUGAGCUGGCCACGAUAGAAUGGAACGACGAGGAACUCUAUAAAUCUUUUAACGGACUCAAACAGAGGAAUCCAGAUCUAAAAACACUGCUGGCAGUUGGAGGCUGGAAUUUUGGAACACAAAAAUUCACUAAGAUCGUCUCAACACAAGCAAACAGAAACACGUUCAUUCAGUCUUCCAUCAAAUUCCUGAGAAAACAUGGCUUUGAUGGACUGGACUUGGACUGGGAGUACCCUGCAGCAAGAGGAAGUCCUUUGGAGGAUAAGCAGAGAUUCACAGUAUUAUGCAAGGAACUCCUUGAGGCUUAUGAAGCUGAGGGACGUUCAACUGGGCAGCCCAGGUUAAUUAUCUCUGCUGCAGUGUCUGCUGGCAAAGGAACUAUUGAUGCUGGUUAUGAAAUCGCAGAGAUUGCAAAGUAUCUAGAUUUUAUUAAUGUAAUGACAUAUGACUUCCAUGGCACCUGGGAAAGAGUCACAGGACAUAACAGCCCCUUAUACAAAGGAUCCCAUGAGACCGGUGACAAUGUUUACCUAAACACAGACUUUGCUAUGAGGUACUGGAAGGACAAAGGUACACCCGUAGAAAAGCUGAAUAUGGGCUUUGCUACGUACGGACGAACAUUUCGACUCUCCACUCAGUCCCAUCAAGUUGGAGCUCCAGCCAGUGGUCCCGCUGCUGCUGGUGUUUUUACAAGGGAGGCAGGGUUCUGGUCCUAUUAUGAGAUUUGCACGUUCCUUCAAGGGGCCGUUGUUCAUCUGAUUGAAGAUCAAAAAGUUCCUUAUGCCAUCAAACAAAAUGAGUGGGUUGGAUACGACAACAAGGAAAGUUUCAAUACUAAGGUCCGUUACCUAAAAGAUAAUCGAUUUGGAGGAGCCUUUGUUUGGGCUCUGGAUCUUGAUGACUUUAACGGGGAGUUCUGCGGACAAGGAAACUACCCCCUCAUCAGCUACCUUCGCUCUCUGCUGGCGUCAGAUCUUCCUCCACUUCCUACUUCUGAAACCAUUCAACCCACAGUGAUUCCAAAUCCAAAAGAAGACCCAGUGCCCACCCAACCUCCACCCAGACCGACGGAGGCCGCUUCAUCUGGAAACUUCUGUGCUACGAAGAUCGGUGGGCUUUAUGUCAAGCCUGAUGCCCCUGGGUCGUUUUACAGCUGUGCCAAUGGAAUGACCUGGAUUCAAAAUUGCCCAUAUAAUUUAGUCUUUCGAGACAGUUGUAAAUGCUGUGGUUGGCCCUAAAUGUAAAUUUGUGGUAUAUACUUUAAGUACUUAAAGUCUACAUGAAUUUCAACUAAACAGUUUUUUUGACUUUAUAGUUCACAAUGUAAUUGUAUUCCGUAUUAUACUGGCAAUUGCAAAGACUCAUGAAACUGUAUGUUUAGUUCAGGUCAUUAACACAUGUAAUUUGAUCCCUUUUUGAAAAUGAUGUCUCAUGUUUCUAGAAUUUGUGCAAUCAUUAACAGCUUUAAGGAGCAUCAUCCUCCUCUAACUAAAAUGACUGACUUUUAGUGAGUUCUACCCGAAGAGUUGAGGUUUCUGUCUUCUGAAAGUCUUAUUCAUGCAAGCAAACAAAAUAAAAAUGAACAGAAUUCAAGAAA